AGGCAGCGCGCAGGGCCGACGCGGCCGGCUCCGGAGCCCUUUGUGAGGGUGCCGGGCAGCGCCGGACAGCGGCACCAUGAGCGGCUCGGCCGGGGCGGCGGCGGCGUCCGUCAGCUCCACGCAGCCCGCGCAGGAGGAGGGCAUGACGUGGUGGUACCGCUGGCUGUGUCGCCUGUCGGGGGUGCUGGGGGCCGUCUCUUGCGCCAUCUCCGGCCUAUUCAACUGCAUCACCAUCCACCCUCUGAACAUCGCGGCCGGCGUGUGGAUGAUCAUGAACGCCUUCAUCCUGCUGCUCUGUGAGGCGCCCUUCUGCUGCCAGUUCGUCGAGUUCGCAAACAUGGUAGCAGAGAAGGUGGACCGGCUGCGCUCCUGGCAGAAGGCUGUCUUCUACUGCGGGAUGGCAGCUGUUCCUGUCGUCAUCAGCCUGACCCUGACCACGCUGCUGGGCAACGCCAUCGCCUUUGCCACCGGAGUGCUGUACGGACUCUCUGCUCUGGGCAAAAAGGGCGACGCAAUCUCCUAUGCCAGGAUCCAGCAGCAGAAGCAGCAGGCGGAUGAGGAGAAGCUCACGGACACCCUGGAGGGGGAGCUGUGAUGUGGGUUGGGGUGACCCUCCCCUCCCUGCUCACCUCUCUGGCUCUGUGUGAGCAUGUGCUGGAGGGACGAGGCCUGGAGCGUUGACCUUGAAGGACAGCCUGGAAGAGGAGCCUCUGUCUGGCUCCCGUCAGCCCCUCUGCCCCAGUCCCUGACCUGGAGGCCUCCUGUCUGCCCUCUCUUCAGAUUGGUGUCUCCUG